AUGGGCCAAGAGCCGUGCGUCCACCAGUGUGCUGAAGUAUGGUGUGCCAGCGAUAGUGUCGGGUAUUGUCCGAUCACGUCUCGACAGGUGAUUCAAGUGGCGGACACGUGCGCUACUUGCAAGCACGGGGCACUGCUUUUGCCUCGUGCUGAUGCCGAGCAGCAUUUGGGAACAGUCCCGGACAGCCAGUGGAUGUCCGUCCGUUGGAGGUAUGUCGAUUGUGAGUCGACGAGCGGCAGCAGUGUUGGCAGCAACGAUAUGCACGUGGGUGAUGAAACGACGCGUUCUGCUGUUGAUACCCGAGCAUACUUGACGCCAACGUCCAAAGAGGCGAUAGAAGAACCGAUUCGAGAUGGAGUUCUCUACUAUUUUGCGCCUGGUGAGGAUGAGGAUGCUGAGGGGAGUCUCGAUGCCCUGUUUGAACUAUCGCGUGUGGAUAACGACAGCGGCAGCAAAAGUGAUAGAACUAGCGACAGCAACAACAUCCUCAAUCUACUAAGAGGGUCGAGCUCGACGGCUUCUUCGUUCGAGUCAUCCUCCUCAUCCUCAUCGACGGGUGACGCUUUGACUCCACCGCUUUCGUUACCGCGGACCUUUCCACUUGCUGCAUCGACACUUGAUCGAGUGUCUUCAAGAGGUGAAUCGAGCAGCACGUUGGCUUCAUCUGGGACAGUAAAGGAGGACUCCAGCUACUUUGUGGGGACUGUGACACCAGCUAUGGACAGUUUACCCGGUUCGUCUUCGAGUGAUUUUUUCCGGGCAACGGACCAGCUCCCAACACCGACGACAGUGCCCUCGGAACAAGUGCCACCUUACAGUGACGAGACGUCCAUGGCAACUUCUAGCGUGACGAAAAGCCCCUUCUUCUACGCAGCGAUCUUACUUGGUAUCGUGGGCUUCAUUGGAGUUGUUGCCGGGCAUCGAGCCGAGCAGAAACGGAGCGACCGCAACGAACGGAGAGCGUUUCAAAGGUCUGCUGGAACGGUUACCCCGACUUCCACCUCUCGUCCGGCCCUUUUGUCCCGAACGACUUGUGAUAGCCACAACAUUGCGAUUUUGUAA